UAUCAAAAUCAUCUGUAAAUUCCUAUAACUUUUGCCCUCAAUUCACUGCCAUCCACAAUAUUUUUGGUCACCCCUGCUUUUUUCACAGCCAUUAAUAAACAGGAUUUAAAGCUUGGAAGCAGAGGAGCAAAUCGUUGAAAUCAGAUCGGAAAGGCAAAGGAAGAAAAAGAGUGAAAGAUUUGGGUUUUGAGAAAAUCAAUUCAAAACGACUGGUUUCACUCUUUUUUUCCUGCCUUGCUGAUCUUUUUGGGGUUCUUCCACAAAAAGAAACAAAAAAAUUUGGGUGAUCUGUGUUGAAAAAGAAAUAAAAUAUGGCGACAUUCCAAGGAACUCAACAAAAAUGCAAUGCAUGCAACAAGACUGUUUAUCUGGUGGAUAAGUUGACGGCUGAUAAUAGGGUUUUUCAUAAGGCUUGCUUCCGUUGCCACCAUUGCAAGGGUACCCUCAAGCUUAGCAACUACAACUCAUUUGAAGGGGUGCUAUACUGCAGGCCACACUAUGAUCAACUCUUCAAGAGAACUGGCAGUCUUGACAAGAGUUUUGAAGGAACACCAAAGGUUGUCAGACCUGAAAGACAAAUCGAUAGUGAGAGUGCACUGAAAGUGAUGAACUCGUUUGGUGGCACCAGAGAAAAAUGUGCGGCCUGUUCUAAGACUGCUUAUCCAAUUGAGAGGGUUACUGUGAAUGGGACAAUAUACCACAAGAGCUGCUUCAAGUGUACCCAUGGAGGGUGUACCAUUAGCCCAUCAAACUAUAUAGCACAUGAAGGUAAACUCUACUGCAAACAUCACCAUAUCCAACUCUUCAAGGAGAAAGGAAACUACAGCCAACUCGAGACCGAACGAGAGAAACAAGCCGCCACCGCCGCCAAUAAGGUUCCUGCCCCUGCUGCAACAUCAACCACAACCACAACCACGGAGAUUGCAGCUGAGUCGUAAUGAUCUCAGUGUGCAUCACUGCUGCUUCAAUGAAAAAACUUUGUAAAACGAUCCAAUGUCAUUGCUGUGUUGAUUUUCUGCAAUGGGGUUCUUUUUAUUUUUUUUCUUUGAUCCAGAUAUUAUUCUUGGUUCAUAAUAUGUUACAUAAAUUUCCCACUUUCAAAGAUGGGAUUGAGGUGAUAUGUUCCAAGUGGAUUCAGCUUUUGAAAAAUAAAGAUUCUUUCAUUAA